UUUUUCACCUUAUAGUCCGACAGCCGGGUCUAUAUAAAGUACUAGAACCUUGUUUUUCAUCAUAAAGUUUUUUUCUUUGAAAGGCAAACUUCCAUGCUGUGGUCUCUCACUCAGAGUGGCGGACCUCCUGGUUCUGUUCGUGCUCCCGUCCUCCUCCAUGGUCUACAUCUUUCUGCACAUCCGGCGCCGCCUCUGGAGCUCAGCGGUCGUGGUCACAACCAACGUCCGUAAGAAGAGGGCCGUGGUUCGAUUCCUGGCCAUCGCCAUCCUCAUCUUCAUCUUCUGUUGGCUGCCCUUCUACACCUUGGAUAUCGUCACCGACUCCGUCAAGCUGAUGAUGGACGAAGAGAAGGCGGAAGCUCUAGAGAACGGAGAGGUUUACAACGUGACCAAGUUCUGCGUCAUCAUCUUGGCCUUCAGUAACAGCCUGCUUAACCCUUUCAUAUACGCUUUCUUCAAUAAAAACUUUAUUAACGAG